CGACGAGAUAGUUGGCGCUCACACGUGUUCGUGAAAGGGCACGUUCAUCGUGGCACAUCGCGCGGUCGAUUACGUGUGCAUUCCAUGAGCAGCCCACCUCCUCCAGGGUUGGACCACCCGCCGUCGGCGCGAGUGUCGCCCGAAGCAUGGGACGACUUGGAAAAGUUUAAGGCGCUGACACGCGGCCGCGGUGAUUCAUCUGGGGAUCCGUUGCUGCUAGCCACGUCCGAGCUCAAACGAAGCCCGGUCCGCAAAGUCCGCCUCGACAUCCUCCAGAGCUCGUUGGCUUGCCGAUUGGAUGGCGGCGGGAACCCAACAGGCGUCAACAGCCCGAUCAAGAAGAAGCUGAAAAAGCACACGGACCCACUGGACCCCAUGGCUUCAGGUGCCAACUUGGCGGCCUCGCUCGGGCCCCUCGGGUCGUUCCGUGGCUCCAGGCGACCUGGUAGCUCCACCAAUAGCCUCCUCGGCCGACCAGCAUCCCCCAGCAGCAUGCCUUCCCCUCCCGUCACAAGCUCGUCGAAGUUGCAGAGUGGAGGCGUCCCCACAUUUGGAGAUGAAGAGCGAUCGUACUGCACGCUGAGCGAUCGCAUUGGAUGCAACUACACUCCAACGUCGCGCUUCCUGACCAAACACGAUGUUGCACGCCUCGCGACUGUCUUGGUGGCGCAUCCCAAGCCCGAAAAACAGGUCGGUGGUGCGGUGGGGUCACCCAAGAAGCGGGAAUUCAUCGCCAAGUCGCCAGCGUUGGAACGAUCCAUGAGCCACCGACCGCCAUCGCUUGGGAGCGACAACGACGACGUCGACAUGCCGGACGCCUUGCCGUCGCUCACCGGUAUCGUGGGCACGGAAGGCAAGAUAGUGUCUGUGUUUCCCGACGGGUCUCGGGCGUUCACCCGCCACGUGAACUCGUCCAAUGCGAGCCACACGUUCAAAAUCCCAAGUCCCACCCACAGCCCGACAAAACGCGACCACAUUCGGCUCAAUUUGCCGCAAUCGCCCAGCUCGCACCACUCGCAUGCCAAGACGAAGAACGUGCUGGAGCCGCUGACACCCCGCACGCUGCAGAUCGACGCCCACUUGUACCAAACGACCAAGACGAGCUUUUGGAAAGCAGUGGAGGGCAACGUCGCCGCCGUCGCCAUGAUGAAUCCUCGAUGGCCGGUUGGGAUUCUCCAUCGGCUUCAGCUCCCACCCCCCGCCUUCCGCCAUGUCCCCGAUCUCCUAGCCCAGCACGCGGCCAUUUGCGAGGCCAUGAUUGGCACGAUGCUCGACGAAGUUAACACGGACUACACGACUGCGGUCGCGCGGGCGAUGGUUCAGUACGCCCUUCUCGACGAGCGCCAGGCCGCGACCCUCGGCAUUGUCCCGUCCUACUUACACGCAGCGUCGCAGUGGUGGACAAACGACAUGUACACGUCGUUUGCGUGGCGCGUGCUUCGCCAGACUCACGUGAAUCGGGAUACGGUCAAGGAGAGCGCCGAGUACGUUGAAGUGUUUUUGCACACGGCGGAUCCGGCACUCUUAGCCUUGCAAGCGCAGUGGAUCCUGGAAGGCCCGCCGGCAGAGUGGGAGAGCCGCGACGGCCUUCCGUGGGCGCCGUAUGCCCAGCUUUUGUGGACGGAUGUGCAAUCGCGUUCCUUUCGCGCGUCGCUGCCUCGUACGGUCGCGAGCUUUGUGGACCACAUGACUCGACGGGUCGAAGUGGUCAAGGACUGCCUGCGGACGUACUGGAUCACGUCCAGCGCCAAAAAAGUUGACGCGUGCUUGCCACCUGUGGCGGCGACAGCAACGACCCAGUCCGCUUCAAAGGGCACGACGUCCACCAAACCAUACGAGAAGACAUCUGCGCGUGAACUCCACAAGCCGGGGACGUCUUCGCCGUUGUCGAUGCCGUCGAUUCAUUCGCCGCAUCACCACCACCACAACGCGGACGACGACGUCCUUGUCGAGGACGACUUGUUUCAGUACAACCACCACAUUGGUGUGUUAAACGCUGCGUCGGUGCUUAUGUCGCGGCAACUGCGCAGCAUUGUGGAUGCGUCCGUCAUGACGUUUCUCUCGUUCUUUCAUGAAUGUGCGCGGGACCAAGGCGAAGCGAUUCUUGCUCUCGAUGUCGUGUGCUCUUCCGGGGCGUCCACGAACGAUGUGGCGGCGAUGCCGCUCGUUCGAUUGGAUCCACCUGCGACGGUUGUCCAGGAACGCAUCCUGGCGUGUGUGACGCUCUUGGUCGAAGCGGCGAGCGUAUUUCCCCGCAUCGAUGCCCAGACAAGCGUCCCGACUCGCAUCCGAAACAAGGCUGUCCUCGGCCCAUGCACCCUCACGUCGGACGACCCGUUCGUCGUGUCGGCGAAGAGGGAAAUCGCUACGGCCAUGACGACACAUUUGGCCGAAGCAGCCCGAGUCCUGGAUGCCUUUCGUCCAUUCCACGUGCUGCUGGACGGGUCGCUGGAGCAGCGUCUGACCACGUUGCUCGACGUGCCACCGCCGUUGGAUCUGUCCGUGCUUCGCAUCGAGUUGAAAGCGCUCGCGGACUUGGACAGGGCCAUCAUGACGUCGAUUCAAGACCACUAUUACUUUCCCAUGUUUGCUGUAAUUUGCGUCGACGCCAAGGACCUGCUCCGGCAGCGCGUGAAGGACUUGUCGCACUUGCUGCUGUCCCGCGCGUCGGCGGAGAACAUCCGCCACAUGAACGCGAUGGGACAACAGUACGAACAGACCGUGCAAACGCUGAUGGCGGACCCGAUCGACUCGGCCGAACUCAAAACGCUGCAGCUCUUUUACGAGAGCAGCAUGGCGACGCUGGCGGCGCUCCAGGACGAGUUGUACAGCCGCGUGUGCGUGUCGGUGCGAUUUCUGAAAGAACACGACUUCCAAAUGACGCGAGAGGAAGUCCAGCAGUUCUUCAUGACAUUUCGAUGGCCGGACACAGUCGUCAACUUUCAGCGCAAGAGCUUGGAGCGACAGCGCGACCGAAAGCGUGAGCUCGAGCUCGUGGUCGACGCGCGCCAAGAGCACCUCACGACUGCGUUUGGCACAUGCCAGAAGAAGAUUGAAAAGCUGCGCGAGGCCGGCAAUAUGCAAGACGCGGCGGCCGUCACCAAGCGCAUCGAGGCCGUCAUGAAGUUGAUUGCUGACAUCGACGACGAGGCGCAGAAAAUUCGCGACCAGCAAGCAAUCUUGGACAUGUCGCCCACGGAUAACGACAAGAUGAUCAAGGAGCUCCAGGAGAUGCUCAUGCCGAUGGAAAAGUUGUGGACGACGGUGGCCCAGUUCAGCGACCAAAUGAACUUGUGGCGCGGCCAGCCUCUGUACCUGGUCAACGCGGAAGACGCGGAGAAGGAGGCCGACGGGUUUCGCCGAAACAUUGUUAAAGUCAUCAAGGAAUGCGAAAAGGUCGGCGAGAUCUUGGACGCGCCCGUCGGCGUUGCCCGGCAAGCCAAGAAGAUGCUCGACGAAAUGCUAGACAGCCACGUGCCGCUCAUGCACCUGAUCUGUACGCCGGCGCUGUGUCCGCGCCACUGGGCGGAAAUCGAAGCCAUCACCAAGCUCAACUUGCAUCCAGCAUCCGGCGACAUGACACUGCACCACAUGCUCGAAGUCGGGCUCCACAAGUUCACGGCGCAAAUCGAAGACAUUUGCGUCGGCGCGGCCAAGGAAUACUCGCUCGAGCAAGCCCUCGACAAGAUGGAGCGGGAGUGGGAAGGCGUUGAAUUCCAUACCAAGCCGUAUCGGACAACAGGAACGUCGAUCCUGUGCGCCACGGACGAAAUGCAGCAGCAACUGGAUGACCACAUGGUGAAGAUUCAGUCGAUUCGUGGCAGCCGAUACAACAAGCCGUACCUGGAACGCAUCGGGCGAUGGGAGACCAUCUUGGUGGCAAUUCAAGACAUCACGGACCAGUGGCUCAAGGUUCAAGCCACGUGGUUGUAUUUGGAGCCCAUCUUCAGCAGUGACGACAUCAUGCGCCAAAUGCCGACGGAAGGGAUGCUGUUCAAACGAGUGGACAGCACGUGGCGACAAAACAUGGACGACACGAUCGCCGAGCCGGAAGCGACCAAAGUCGCGCAGCGCAAAGGCUUGCUCGAUGCGCUCGUCCGGUCCAACGAAGACCUCGAGACGAUUCAAAAAGGCCUGAACGAGUAUUUGGAGACGAAGCGGCUGUAUUUUCCCCGGUUCUUCUUCCUCUCGAACGACGAAUUGCUCGAGAUACUGGCCGAGACCAAAGAUCCGCUGCGCGUGCAGCCCCACCUGAAAAAGGCAUUCGACGGCAUCAACUUGCUCGAGUUCCAGCCCAACAUGGACAUCACGGCGAUGUUGAGCCCAGAGAACGAAAAGGUCCCGUUCCUGUUUGAAAAGAUUGCCCAGAGCCAGAUCAACCCCAACUCAACCGGCGGCAAUGUUGAAAUCUGGCUGCAGGAGGUCGAAGUCACGAUGCGAAAAAGCGUGGCCUAUCACGUGGACCUGAGCAUGGAAGACUAUCCCAAGCAAGACCGACUGCAGUGGGUCCAGCAGUGGCCGGGCCAAGUCGUACUAGCCAUCAACCAAACCGUGUGGACAGCGCAGACAGAAGCCGCGCUGGUCGGGGGCAACCGCUUGGAGCCGCUAAAGGAACACUUAAAGACCCUACGCAGCGAACUCUUGCGCACGGUGGAGCUCGUGCGAGGCCAACUGCCCAAGUUGACGCGCAUUACGUUGGGCGCGCUCGUGGUGAUGGACGUGCACAACCGCGACACGAUCGCUGAACUCGUCGACAAAAACGUGUGCGAGAAGACCGAUUUUGACUGGCUUGCCCAGUUGCGGUACUACUGGGUCGCCGGCGGCAGCUCUGCCCAAACGGGCAAGCCCGGGACAAUGCAAUGUCGCAUGAUCAACACGCUCGCGCUGUACGCGUUCGAAUACUUGGGCAACUCGAUGCGCCUCGUGAUUACGCCGCUGACCGAUCGAUGCUACCGGACUCUCAUGGGCGCCAUCCAUUUGAACUUGGGCGGCGCGCCGGAAGGCCCGGCAGGAACCGGGAAAACCGAAACAACCAAGGAUCUUGGCAAGGCGAUUGCAAUUCAAUGCGUGGUCACCAACUGCUCGGACGGGCUCGACUACCUGGCCAUGGGCAAGUUCUUCAAAGGCCUCGCCUCCAGCGGCGCCUGGGCUUGCUUUGACGAGUUUAAUCGCAUCCAACUCGAAGUGCUGUCUGUGAUUGCGCAGCAAGUGUUGUGCAUUCAAAUCGCCAAGGCCCAAAAGGCUGUCACGUUUAUGUUUGAAGGCACGCUGCUCAGUUUGAACCCGACCUGCUGCCCGUUCAUCACGAUGAACCCCGGGUACGCCGGACGCGCGGAGCUACCAGACAACUUGAAAGUUCUCUUCCGCACGGUCGCCAUGAUGGUGCCCGACUACGGCAUGAUUGCCGAAAUCAUGCUCUACUCGUACGGGUACAUGGACGCGAGUGCGCUGUCCAAGAAGAUCACGACCACAUACACGCUGUGUUCGGAGCAGCUGAGUUCGCAGUCGCAUUACGACUAUGGCAUGCGUGCCGUCAUGGCGGUGCUGCGCGCGGCGGGGAACCUCAAGCGUAGCGAGGGCCAUUUGAAAGAGGACAUUCUCGUCCUUCGGUCGAUCAUUGACGUCAACUUGCCCAAGUUUCUGUCGCCGGACGUCCCGCUUUUCAACGGGAUCACGUCCGACUUGUUUCCAGGCAUCGUUGUCGACCCACCCGACCGAACGGACAUGCUCCAAGCCAUCCACAGCGUGUGCCACCACAUGGGCCUCCAACCCGUCCCCAACUUUAUCGAGAAAGUGAUUCAAAUCUACGAAAUGAUGAUUGUCCGCCACGGGUUCAUGGUCGUCGGCAUGCCGUUUUCGGGCAAGUCCAGUUCGUGGAAGGUGCUUGCCGACGUCCUGGACACGCUGCACAAAAAGUUCCCAAACGACUCGAGGUACACGUCCGUGGUCGUGUCGGUGAUCAACCCGAAGAGCGUCACGAUGGGCCAGCUCUACGGCCAGUUUGACGAUGUUUCGCAUGAAUGGACGGACGGCGUCCUUGCCAUCAACUACCGCAACCUCGCGACAUCUCCAACCCCUGAGCGCAAGUGGCUGCUCUUCGACGGGCCGGUGGAUGCCGUCUGGAUCGAAAACAUGAACACGGUCUUGGACGACAACCGAAAGCUUUGCCUUAUGAGCGGCGAGAUCAUUGCCAUGAGUCCCGUCAUGAGCAUGAUGUUUGAGCCGAUGGAUCUCUUGGUUGCGUCGCCCGCGACCGUGUCCCGAUGCGGCAUGAUUUACAUGGAGCCCGAGCAACUCGGGUGGCAACCUCUCUUGGACUCGUGGCUCGAUCAGACGGCGGUUCUCCCAACGGACCCGGCCGAACGAAAGCUGCAACUCACUGACGACCAGCGCACGACGAUUCGAACGCUGACGAGCUGGCUUGUCGAGCCGUGCUUGUGCUUUGUCCGGAAGGAACUGAUCGAGCUCACGACUACCGUGGAUGCCAACUUGGUCCAGAGCUUACUCCAUAUUUUUGAAGCAGAGAUGCUGACUGUAAAACCGGCCGACGUCGGCACGAAAAAGGGGCUGCAGCACCUCGAGAGCCUGUUUCUGUUUGCGCUGAUCUGGUCGAUCGGCGCCACGUCGUCCGCCGACGGCCGCACACGCUUUUGCGAGUUCCUGCGCGCGUUCAUGGACUCGAUGCAAGUGCUCACGACCAAAUACGUGAUCGUUGGCCGCGCGCUGCAGGUUCGCAACUGGACCAAGCCGGCCGGGUUUGACACGUACGCGCUGGCGAGUCCGAUGCCAGCCAAAGGCAACCUCCACGACUACUUGUACUCGGCCGACGAAGCCAAGUGGAUGCGGUGGGAAGACACCCUAAAAGAGUACACGAUUCCACCCGCGAGUCCAUUCAGCACGAUCGUUGUCCCGACGACGUACACCGCCCAGCUCGACUGCCUCGUCCAGCUCUUGGUCACAAACAAGCGCAAAGUCCUCGUGUGCGGCCCGACCGGGACCGGAAAGAGUUGCUAUCUCAACGGGAUCUUGAACGAAAAGCUGUCGGCCGACUUGUACUCUGUCAUCAUGCUGUCGUUUUCGGCCAAGACGUCGGCCCACAUGACACAAAACAUCAUUGACGGCAAGCUCGACAAGCGGCGCAAAGGCGUGUACGGUCCCCCGGUUGGAAAAGAUGGCAUCAUUUUCGUGGAUGACCUCAACAUGCCGCAAAUCGAAACGUACGGCGCACAACCUCCGAUCGAACUCAUGCGGCAGUUUGUCGAUUCGGGCGGAUGGUAUGAUCUCAAAGAGAUGACGUGGCAAAAAAUCAUCGACACGAUCGUGGUCACGGCGAUGGGGCCUCCCGGCGGCGGACGCAACACCAUCUCGCCGCGCUUCCAACGGCACUUCAACGUGUUGUGUUUUUCCGAAUUUGACGACGUCACGCUCGUGCGCAUCUUCUCCACGAUCGUGUUGUGGUACUUUCAAAGCGGUCCGUUUUUGCCCGAGAUCCGCAAGCUGUCGGACGCCGUCGUCGCCGCGACACUUGAGACGUACCAAAAUGCCAUGAAGGUGCUCUUGCCAACGCCAAAAAAGUCGCAUUACACGUUCAACCUGCGCGACUUUUCUCGCGUCAUUCAAGGCAUUAUGCUCGUCACGGCGUCAGACGAGUUCAACACGACGGGUCUUGUCAAGCUGUGGGUGCACGAGUCGCUGCGCGUGAUUGGGGACCGCCUCAUCGACGACGAAGGUCGGAUGUGGUUUUGUGAGUUGCAGCGGAAAAUGGUCGCCAAGCACUUUAGCGCCAACUUUGACAAGGUGUUUGCGUCGUUGAAGCGCGGCCGGGACGGCGCGGUCAUGCCGCACGACAUGCGCAACCUGUUUUUUGGCGACUAUCGGGAACCGGACGCGAACCCACGUUUGUACAAGGAAAUCGACGUGUCGAGCCAUGCCGACGUGGACGGCAUCGCGCAACUGAUUGCGUGCUUGGACUCGUACUUGGGUGAAUUCAACGCGGUGUCACGGAAACCCAUGAACUUGGUCAUGUUUCUGUUUGCGAUUGAGCACUUGAGCCGGAUCGCGCGCGUCCUCAAGAUGCCACGUGGCAACGCGCUGCUCGUGGGUGUGGGGGGCAGUGGCCGGCAAAGCUUGACACGGCUCGCGGCUUUUAUCAUGGACUACGAAGUCAAGCAAAUUGAGAUCGCCAAAAAUUACUCGAUGCUCGAGUGGCGCGAAGACAUGAAGUACGUGCUCAAGACGGCCGGGACGGGCGCGCGGCCGCUCGUGUUUCUCUUCAGCGACACCCAAAUCAAGUACGAAGCGUUCGUUGAAGACAUCAACAACAUGCUGAACGCGGGCGAGAUCCCGAAUUUAUUUCCGUACGACGAGCGCGUCGGACUCUGUGAAGGCGUGCGACCACAUGCCAAAGAAAAAUUUGGCAAAGCAGCGGCGGACAUGACACCUACGCAGCUGUACGCGUUCUUUGUUCAGCGGGUUCGCCAACAACUCCACAUUGUGUUGGCAUGUUCGCCCAUUGGGGACGCGUUCCGCGACCGCCUUCGCAAGUUUCCAUCCAUGAUCAAUUGCUGCACAAUCGACUGGUUCACGGCAUGGCCGGCAGACGCGUUGGUCGCGGUGGCCGAGAAGUUUCUCCGGGAUGUCGAAAUGGAAAGCGACUCGAUUCGACGCGGGAUCGUCGCCACGUGCCAGUACUUUCACGUACAAGUGGAAGAGCUCAGCAGUUUGUUUCUGCGCUGCCUGCGCCGCCAAAAUUACGUGACCCCCACCUCGUACUUGGAGCUCAUCGUAGCGUUCAAGUCGUUUCUGGGCCAGCGUCGGGACAGCGUGAUGAAGGCCAAGCUCCGGUACGACGUUGGCCUCGAGAAGAUUCAAUUUGCCGAGGCGAACGUGAGCGUAAUGCGGAAAGAGCUCGUGGACAUGCAGCCGAUCCUGGACAAGUCGACCAAGGACACAGCGGUCUUGAUGGAGGAAAUCCAAGCCAAGUUGCCUGGGGUCGAGAAGACGCGAGCUGAAGUGCAAGCGGACGUGGCGAUCGCAGACGCAUCCAAAGCACAGUGCGAGGCGCAAAAGGCCAGCGUUGAAGCCGACUUGGCCGAAGCCGUGCCCGCAUUAGAAGAGGCGCUCAAGGCCCUCGACACGAUCAAAGCGUCCGAAAUCAACGAAGUCAAAGCCAUGGCAAACCCGCCCGCGGGGGUCAAGCUCGUCUGCGAAGGCGUGUGUGUCAUGCUUGGGAUCAAGCCAAACCGGAUCCCGGACCCCGCCGACCCAAGCAAGCGCAUCAUGGAUUUUUGGGGACCGUCCGUCAAAAUGCUCAGUGACUCGACGUUCAUCCAGCAGCUCAAGAAGUUCGACAAGGACAACUUGGACCCCAAGAUCAUGAAGGUCGUUGUGUCCAAGUACAUUGCCGAUGAAAACUUUAGCCCGGAAAAGGCCGAAAAAGCAUCCAAGGCCGCCGCGGGGCUGUGUAAAUGGGUCCAUGCAAUGGCGCUGUAUGACAACGUGAGCAAGGUCGUGGCUCCAAAACGAGAAGCGCUAGCUGCCGCCGAGAAACAAUUGCAGGAAACCAUGGCGAGCUUGAAUGAAAAGCUCUGUCGGCUCAAAGAAGUCGAAGACGGUCUAGACGGGCUCCAAAAAGCGUUCCAAGAUGCGACCGACUCGAAAGUGUCGCUGGAAGGCCAGAUCGACCUCACCGGCAAAAAACUCGUCCGCGCUGCGACGCUGAUCGACAGCUUGGGCGGCGAAAAAAUCCGGUGGAAGGAAUUUAGCGCGCAGCUCGCAAAUCAGUACACCAAGCUCACGGGCGAUGCGUUGAUAUCUGCCGGCAUUGUCGCGUACCUCGGACCGUUCACGUCCGUGUACCGAGCGCAGGCCGUGACCGCGUGGGUCGCCCGCUGCAAGGCACUCGAGAUACCGUGCAGCGACUUGCCGUCGUUGUCGGGGACGUUGGGGGACCCGGUUCAAAUUCGAAAGUGGAAUAUCGACGGGCUGCCCACCGACAUGUUUAGCAUCGACAACGGAAUCGUCGUCUUCAACGCGCGGCGGUGGCCGCUCAUGAUCGACCCCCAAGGCCAAGCGAACAAGUGGAUACGCAACAUGGAGCACGACCACGGGUUGUACGUGAUCAAACUCACGGACAGCGACUACUUGCGCACACUCGAGAACGCCGUCCAGUUCGGCCGCCCCGUUCUCCUCGAAAACAUUGGCGAGGAGCUCGACCCGAGCCUCGAGCCGCUGCUACUCAAGCAAACGUUCAAACAGGGCGGCAGCCUGUUCAUUCGGCUGGGAGAUGCCAACAUCGAGUACGCGGACUCGUUUCGGUUCUACGUCACGACCAAGCUGCGGAACCCACACUACCUGCCCGAAGUGUCGGUGAAAGUGACGCUCCUCAACUUUAUGAUUACGCCGCAGGGCCUCGAGGACCAGCUCCUCGGGAUUGUCGUCGCCGAGGAACGACCUGACCUGGAAGAGCAAAAGAACAAACUGAUUGUCCAAAGCGCCAAGAACAAGGCACUGCUCAAGGACAUCGAGGACAAGACGCUGCAAAUCCUGUCGUCGUCGGAAGGCAAUAUCCUCGAGGACGAGUCCGCAAUCAACACGAUGAAUCAAGGUAAGCAAGUGGCGGACCAAAUCAAGUCGGAGCAAGUGAUUGCCGAAGCGACGGAGCUCGAAAUCGACGCGGUCCGCCAGGGGUACCGCCCGGUCGCGUAUGCGUCGCAAGUGCUUUUCUUUUGUAUCGACCAGCUCGCCAACAUCGAACCGGUGUACCAGUACUCGCUGUCAUGGUUUAUCAACCUGUUCGUGCUGAGCAUUCAGCAAAGCGAGCGCAGCACGGAGCUCGCGAGCCGGCUCCACGUCCUCGAUACGCACUUUACGUUUUCGUUGUACCGCAACAUUUGCCGGUCGCUGCUCGAAAAGGACAAACUCAUGUUUUCGUUCCUUCUCACCGUGUCCAUCAUGCAAGGCCGGAACGAAAUCGACGCGACCGAAUGGUAUUUCUUCUUGACGGGCGGGGUCGCGCUCUCGGACACGCCGCCCCCCAACCCGUGCGCCGACUGGUUUAGCGAAAAGCAAUGGAACGAGCUCGUGCGCCUCGCCAACAUGCCGUGCUACACGGGCCUCGUCGACGAGUUCAAAACCCACCAGGCCGAGUGGAAGACCAUCUACGACAGCCCGACCGGCCACUUGCUGUCGUUUCCCGGAUCGUUUGCAACGGUGACGCCGUUCCGCCGACUGCUCGGGAUCCGUGUCCUCCGACCAGACUUGGUCGUGGUCGCGGCGCAGCAAUUUGUCGUAGUCACGAUGGGCGAAGCCUUCGUCAAGCCACCGCCGUUCGACUUGGCGCUGUGCUAUGGCGACAGCAGCGUCCAGAGCCCACUAGUGUUUAUCCUGAGUCCCGGCAGCGACCCCAUCAGUUCCGUCCUCAAGUUCGCCGACGCCAGCAAGCAAAAGAUUGAUACCAUAUCGCUCGGCCAAGGCCAAGGACCGAUUGCCGAACGCAUGAUAUCCCUUGCCAUGGAAACAGGAAGCUGGGUUGUGCUCCAAAAUUGCCACUUGGCCCCGUCGUGGAUGCCAACGUUGGAGCGCAUCACCGAAGGCAUUAAGAUUGAUUCGACCAGCCCGACCUUUCGGCUGUGGUGCACAACGUAUCCGUCGCCGGUCUUCCCGCCGUCCGUGCUCCAGAACGGCGUUAAAAUGACCAACGAACCGCCCAAAGGCCUCCGCGCCAACUUGAUGGGGUCGUACUUGCUCGAUCCGAUCGCCGAGCCGGGCUUCCUCGACUCGGUGAACAAGGGCGGCGAGUUUCGCCGACUGCUCUUUGCGCUGUGCUUUUUUCAUGCCCUGGUCCGAGAACGUCGGCAGUUUGGGCCGCUCGGAUGGAAUAUCCAGUACGAAUUCAACGAGUCCGACUUGAGCAUCUCGACGCGGCAGCUUGCCAUGUUCAUUGACGAAAACGACGUCAUUCCGUGGGGCGCGAUUCGGUACUGCACCGGCGAAUGCAAUUACGGUGGUCGUGUCACCGACGACAAAGACCGGCGGACGCUGGCGUGUUUACUCGGACGAUUCUACACGACCGACGUCCUCGCCGACUCGUACAGCUUUGACGAGCGAGGGCAGUACGUGGUGCCGCCGGAUCUGCCCUACGACGGGUACCUCAAGUACAUCGAAGGACUGCCGCUCGUGGCCCCGCCCAACGUGUUUGGGCUGCAUGACAACGCCACAAUCACGAAAGACCAAAACGAAACCACCAUCUUGUGCACGAACGUCCUGCGCACGCAGUCGUCGGGCGGCGGCGGCGGUGGCGGCGAUGCCAAGGGCUUGAGCCAAGAAGAAACUGUGGACGCCAUGGCCGCCGACAUCCUCGGUCGUUUGCCCGACAACUACGACAUGGAACUGGCCGCGAUUCGAUACCCCGUCAAGUGGAACGAAAGCAUGAACACAGUGUUGUGCCAGGAACUCGUGCGGUUUAACAACCUCCUGACCGUUGUUCGCUUGUCCCUCAAAAACGUUCGCAAGGCGAUUCAAGGCCUAGUCGUCAUGUCGGCAGAGCUCGAAAACCUGAGCUUGUCGCUGUUUUACGGAAAGAUUCCAGCCAUGUGGAUUGCCAAGUCGUACCCGUCGCUGAAACCUCUCGCGAGCUAUGUGAGCGACCUGCUCGAGCGCAUUGCGUUCUUCAACGCGUGGUUGCAAGCAGCGCCGCCGCCCAUCUUUUGGAUCUCGGGGUUUUUCUUUACCCAGGCGUUUUUGACCGGUGCAAACCAAAAUUUCGCCCGGCGCUAUACGAUCCCUAUCGAUCAAAUUGCUUUUGAUCACGAAGCCAUGCCCCGCUCCGACUACGCCUCUGGUCCCAAGGACGGCGUGUACGUGCGAGGUCUCUUUCUCGAAGGCUGUCGAUGGAACAAGGUUGAAGCGCAGUUGACGGAAUCGCAGCCCAAAGUGCUCUUCACGAGCGGCCCCGUGCUGUGGUUCCGCCCGACCAAGAAGUCCGAUCUAGUUCCGAAAAAGUCGUACAACUGCCCUGUCUACAAGACGAGCGAACGCCGAGGAACGCUGUCGACGACAGGCCACUCGACCAACUUUAUCUGCUUCAUUCGCUUGCCCACAAACCUCCCCGAAGCCCACUGGGUUGCACGAGGCGUUGCAAUGCUUAGUCAGCUGGACGACUAA